GGUUACACUCUUAAUAGGGUAGGGCAGGGAAAUAUGUUAACGGGGCAGGUUAGGUUAGGGCAGGGCAAAAUAUUUUUUUUGAUAAAUCCUAAUGGGUUAGGGUAGGGCAGGGUAAGUCCAAAUUUAAAAAUGGGCCGGAUUAAAAAGGAGUGACCCGCUUAAAUCUUAAUCACCUGCGCCCUACUUCAAAGAAUGAAAGUAGCGGCUCUCUUCCUCAAAUUUCAUCUCUCUCAAUUCUCAUCUCCAUUCUCCAUCUGGGCUUCGAUUUCGAUGCUACAAAUCAUGAUUGAAUCGUUGUUUUUUUAAGACUAUUCUUUCAGAUUUCUUCGUAUCUUCAAUUGGUGUUAUAAUUUCAUUUUCAGGCUGUAGGCAAUCAUGACAUCUCAAAAUGAUGAGAAUCUGCCUGCUUCAUCUUCUAAUGUUAUUUCCUUAGAGGCUGAUAGUCCGAGGCCUUCACAAAUUGAUGAAGUUGUUGUACCGGGAAAAAGAAAGAGAUAUUCUAAAGCAUGGAAGCAUUUCAAGUUGGUAUAUGUUGAUGGUGUUCCGUAUGGUCAGUGUAAGUAUUGCAAAUCUCAAUAUAAAAAUGCAAAAAAUUGUGGGACGACGUCUAUGUGGGAUCAUUUACGUAAGUGUGCUAAAAAGCCAAGAGGUGAGGGUGAUAUAGAGGGUGAUGAUGAAGGACACUAUUUUGAUCAAGAUGUUUCACGUAAACAACUUGCACAUGCCAUUAUCUUACACGAGUAUCCACUCUCUAUAGUUGAUCAUGUGGGAUUUAGGAACUUUGUUGCGAGUCUCCAACCUAUGUUUAAAAUGGUUUCAAGAAAUACGAUAAAAAAUGACAUACUGAAAAUUUUUGACAAUUUGAAAUCAAAAACUGCUAGUUUGUUGGAUAAAGUCACGAGUAGAGUUGCAAUAACAACCGAUAUGUGGACUUCAAAUAGCAACAAAAAAGGAUUCAUGGCUAUUACUGGACAUUUUAUUGAUGAUUCAUGGAGUAUUCAAAGUCAUAUUUUUAGGUUUGUUUAUGUUCCCGCUCCACAUGAUAAAGAUGCAUUAUGUAGUGCUUUGGUUAAUUGUUUGUUUGAUUGGAAUCUUGAACGGAGAAUAUCAACUAUCACAGUUGAUAAUUCUAGUACUAACAAUGCAAUGAUGAGAACCUUAUUGGAUGAGAAACUUAAUAAAAGAGAUUUGUUAUUGGAUGGUCAAAUGUUUCAUGUGCGUUGUGCCGCACAUAUCUUAAAUCUGAUUGUCCAAGAAGGGUUAAAGGUGAUAGGAGAAAGUAUUGGCAAAAUACGUGAUAGUGUCUUGUAUUGGAUUGGAUCAGCCGGUAGAAUUGAGAGAUUUGAAGAAGCUGCACGUCUGCUACGUUGUUCUUGUAAGAAGAAUUUGGAGUAUGAUUGUCCUACCCGUUGGAAUUCAACAUAUCUAAUGUUGAGAACAGCCUUAGAAUACAAAGAAGUGUUUAAGAAAUUGAGUCUAACUGACUCAAACUAUAAGUCGUAUCCAACGGAAGAGCAAUGGAGUCAUGCAGAAGAUGUUUGUGGGAAGCUCAAACUCUUUUAUCAUAUCACUGAACAAUUUUCAGGUACUCAAUAUCCAACUUCCAGUCAAUACUUUACAAAAGUUUGUGAAAUUAAGAUGGAGUUGGAAGAUUGGGCGAAAAGCUUUAAUCCUUUGAUUAGCUCUAUGGCGUUUGCAAUGUUAUUGAAAUUUCAAAAAUAUUGGGAUGAUGUGCAUGUUAUGAUGGGUAUAGCUGCAAUCUUUGAUCCAAGAUAUAAGAUGAAGUUGGUAGAGUUCUUUCUUCCACAAAUUUAUGGUAAAGAUGCUUCAACUAAAAUUCAAGAAAUUCGAUCUCAUUGUUAUGAUCUCUUUCAUGAUUAUAAUAGUAGACUAUCUUCUCCAAGGGGGUCAUUUGAAGCAUGUAGCUCUAGUGAAGUCGCUAAUCUUAUUGAAGGUGAUCGACUAUCGAGCUUUGAUAGAUUUGUUGCUUCGAGUCGAGCUACUAUGGAGAAAAAAUCAGAGUUGGAUUUAUAUUUAGAAGAAAGCUUGCUACCCCGGACUCCAUCAUUUGAUAACUUGAGUUGGUGGAAGACAAAUGGAUUGAAAUUUCCUACUUUGCAAAAGAUGGCUCGUGAUCUCUUAGCCAUUCCUGUGUCUACUGUUGCUUCUGAAUCAGCAUUUAGCACUAGUGGGAGGUUGAUUAGUCCGCAUCGUAGUAGAUUGCAUCCUACUACUUUGGAAGCUCUAAUGUGUGCUCGCACAUGGUUAUGGAAUGAAAUAAAUGGUUUGACUUCAACCAUCGAUAAUGUGUCAUGUCCAACGUUGAUUGAUGAAGAGGAAGAGCCUGAGAUCAGUUUCAUGCCCAAUGUUGAUUGAUGAAGAGGAAAAUGUGGAGUCAAGUUUUGUCGACGAGAUGAAGAGGAGAAACUUUAUUCCAUUUCUAUAAGUCACUUUUCAACUACAUUAGUUUCUUAGCAAGAAUGGCAUCUGGUUUCCUGUAUAUUUUAAGAUGUCCACAAUCAAACUUUGAAACAAUAUUUAGUUUGGGUAGUUUGCUGGGAAAGGACCCAAACAGUGUAUGAAGGAUAAACAAUUGAACAUAUUUGUAUAGACUUGAAGUAGCUCCAGUCAUACAUGUUAAUGGAAUUGCAUAUUCUACUUUC